AUGCGUUUCAUCAUUGUUGCCGCUACCUGUAUCGUCGCACUUGUUUUAAGUUUAACAACAGCAUUCCCUACUCAUGAUAGGGUACGACGUGGACUGGUUCCUGAUUUAAGUGGUUUAAAUGGUAUAUUUGAGGGUAACUUCUCACCUCUUUGUCUAUUUCCACCUUGUAAUGGACCAUCAUUUUUAUUCCCAGGGAUUGAUUGGGAAGCUUUACAUGCAAACAUCGCUCAAUGGAUUAAGGAACAGGAACAACUGUCAUUGCAAGGAGAUGAAUGA